AAAGCCCCCUAAGCCUCAUGGGAAAGGAAAGCCAUCGAGAAACCAAAAACCAAAAUCAAUUAGAGGAAAGUUGGAAGAAGCAUGGAUUCUAGGCGGCGUAGUAAAAAAGCAGCUAUGCAACGCAAGUUGCAACAACUUCGAUCGGUUACAAAUUCCAGUGCUGUGAACAAAGCCUCAAUUAUUGUGGAUGCCACCAGAUACAUAGAGGAGCUGAAGCAAAAAGUUGAUGGGUUGAACUCAGAGCUUGGAACCGCUGAAUCAUCCAUCUCCCAAGACGAACUUCCCAUGGUCACCGUAGAAACCCUAGAAAGGGGAUUCCUCAUUAAUGUGUUUUCAGAAAGGAAUUGCCCCGGUAUGCUUGCGGCAAUACUCGACGCCUUUGAAGAACUGGGACUUGAUGUGCUUGAUGCUAGGGUUUCUUGCGAAGACACCUUCCAGCUUGAAGCUGUCGGAGGAGAAAGUCAAGAGAAUGAAAGCAUCGACGCGCAAGUAGUGAAGCAAGCAGUGCUUCAAGCAAUCCAAAACAUGAAUUAGUCGAUCGAAGAACACAUUUGCCUAAGAAGAAUGUACCUCAGACACUCUUAAUUUCUUAAACUCUUUGUAUUAAAUAUAAAAGUUACGUAUCCAUGUGAUGAGAGAAUUUAAGUGUUAUACUAUAUUGUGCCAAAAAUGUAAUUACCUGAAUGGCCCUCACAUGUGAUGUGGCUUCUUCGUUUGUAGGAAAGAAUGAAUGGACAGGGAUCGUCCAGGUUAAUUGGUACAAUUAAUUGGAAUUCAAUGCGUUUGAAAAAAAAAAAAGGAA